GAGAAGCCAUAUAAAUGCAUGGAAUGUGGAAAGACCUUUGCUCAAAGAGGUAAUCUUAUUUCCCAUAAGAGGAUCCACACAGGGGAAAAGCCAUUUAAAUGCAUGGAGUGUGGAAAGACCUUUGCUCAAAGAGGUCAUCUUAUUCGUCAUAAGAUGAUCCACACAGGGGAAAAGCCAUUUAAAUGCCUGGAGUGUGAAAAGACCUUUGCUCAAAGAAGUCAUCUUACUUCCCAUAAAAGGAUCCAUACAGGAGAAAAGCCAUUUAAAUGCCUGGAAUGUGGAAAGACCUUUGCUCAAAGAGGUCAUCUUACUUCCCAUAAGAGGAUCCAUACAGGGGAAAAGCCAUUUAAAUGCAUGGAGUGUGGAAAGACCUUUGCUCAAAGAGUUAAUCUUAUUUCCCAUAAGAGGAUCCCCACAGGGGAAAAGCCAUUUAAAUGCCUGGAGUGUGGAAAGACCUUUCCUCAAAGAAGUCAUCUUAGUUCCCAUGAGAGGAUCCACACAGUGGAAAAGCCAUUUAAAUGCGUGGAGUGUGGAAAGACCUUUGCUCAAAGAGGUAAUCUUAUUUCCCAUAAGAGGAUCCAUACAGGGGAAAAGCCAUUUAAAUGCGUGGAGUGUGGAAAGACCUUUGCUCAAAGAAGUAAUCUUACUUCCCAUAAGAGGAUCCACACAGGGGAAAAGCCCUAUGAAUGCAUGGAGUGUGGAAAGACCUUUACUCAAAGAGGUCAUCUUAUUUCCCAUAAAAGGAUCCACACAGGGGAAAAGCCAUUUAAAUGCAUGAAGUGUGGAAAGACCUUUGCUCAAAGUGCUCAUCUUACUUCCCAUAAGAGGAUCCAUACAGGGGAAAAGCCAUUUAAAUGCCUGGAGUGUGGAAAGACCUUUGCUCAAAGAAGUCAUCUUAUUUCCCAUGAGAGGAUCCACACACGGGAGAAGCCCUAUGAAUGCAUGGAAGGUCAUCUUAUUUCCCAUAAGGUGAUCCACACACGGGAAAAGCUAUAUAAAUGCAUGGAAUGUAGAAAGAGCUUUGCUCAGAAAGGUAAUCUUACUUCUCACAAGGUGAUCCACACAGGAAAAGCCAUUUAA